AUGUCAUCUUUUCUCGGAAAUUUAAGUACGUUUGAUCCGGAAAAGUCGGAUUACGCGAUAUUUUCCGAGCGGCUAAAACAGUUUUUCGUGGCAAAUGGUAUAACGGAGGACGAUAAAAUGCGUGCGACUCUUCUAAAUACAUUAAACGAAGAUUGUUACGUGUUGUUAAGAAAUUUGUGUGUACCAAAAACGCCACCGGAAGUGAAAUUCCAGGAUUUGGAUAAAUUGUUAUUAAAGCAUUUUGCUCCAGUGCGGUCCUAUUUUUCGGAGAGAAGUAAAUUUUACUCUGCUCAAAGAGAGCCCGGUGAAAAAGUGUGUGAUUGGGCAGCUCGUGUGAAAAAUUUAGUUAGUAAUUGCGGAUUUGAGGCUACAAUAACUCUCAGUACGCUAAUGAGAGAUAUUUUUGCGAUCGGUAUUAAUGACGUGCGCUUUUCCGAUCGUUUGUUUGAAGAAAAUGCCAUCAGUAGGGACUGUACGUUUCAGUUUAUGGAAAAAAUUGCUUUGGCAAAGGAGUCUGCGGUCGCUGAUCAUGAAAAGCGCGCAUCCAAGGAGUCUCAGGCCUCGAUUAAAACAGAACUAGAGGAAAUAUAUUAUAAUCAAAAUCCAGGUACUUCUCGUCAAAAUCGGGGUAAGUCAAAAUCUAAAUAUACUGUUAAAAGAGACCAUCAAGAAAAACGGGCUCUACCAAAAUGUUCGGUGUGUGGGCGUGCAAAUCACGUUUUUUCUAACUGUGCUUAUCGUAGCUGUUUCUGUCACAAAUGUGGAAUCAAAGGCCAUUUGGCACCUAUGUGCAAGAAGCUAUCAGGUCAUAAUUUUUUGCAAGAAAACCUUUUGCAAGACUCAUCUGAUGAGAAUGACGAGAUGUGCUUUAACAUUAAGAGUAAUUCUUCAUCAUAUUAUAAUAAGUUGCGUUAUAAUUCUAAAGGUAACGAAAGGCCUAUAAUUAUUAAGCUAUUAAUUGACGGUUUACAAUUUGAUUUUGAAAUUGAUUCUGGAUUUGCUCAUGCGGCUAUUUCUGAAAAUUUGUAUAAACAUUAUUUUACAAAAUAUGAUUUGAUUCGUAAUGAUCUGUCUCUUAAAGAUUAUGUGGGUGUAUCAUUUAACCCCUUAGGUUAUCUUAACCUAAAUAUUAUCUAUGACGACAACAAUUACAUUUUAAAAACAUAUGUCAUUAAAAAUGGAGGACCUCCAUUAAUAGGGCGUAACGGCUUAAAAAUGUUGAACAUUGGUUUAUGUAAAAUAGAUAGUAACAAUAGUAAUAGGUUGUUAUACGUAAAUUCGGAGACCAAGCUUCAAUAUUUAUUAAAACAUUUUGGUCAAAUUUUUGAUGGUACUCUGGGCACUUUCAACAAGUUUAAAGUAACCCUUAAGUUAAAGGAAAAUGCUAUUCCGCGAUUUUUUAAACCACGUCCUGUUCCAAUCGCGCUUAAGCCAAAAAUUGACGAAGAAUUAGAUCGUUUAAUUAAAAAUAAGGUAUUAAUUCCGACAGAAUUUUCUAAAUGGGCCACCCCUAUUGUUCCCAUAUUGAAGAAAAAUGGUGGUCUAAGAAUUUGUGGAGAUUUUAAGGUAACCUUGAAUCCACAACUGGAAUUUCAACAGUUUCCGCUUCCGCGAAUAGAAUAUUUAUUUAGUCGGCUGGAAGGGGGUUUAAAAUUUUCAAAAAUCGAUUUGUCAGAGGCAUACCAGCAAAUUCUUCUGGAUGAAAAUUCUACAGAGUUGGUGACAAUCUCUACACAUAGAGGUUUAUUUUCUUAUCAGAGGCUACCCUUUGGCAUUCAUUGUGCACCCUCCAUAUUUCAAGUUAUUAUGGAACAACUAUUUAACGGUAUACCGGGCGUUAUAGCGUUUCUUGAUGAUAUUUUAAUAACGGGAAAAAAUGACCUUGAACAUUUAGAGAGGUUAGAACGGGUUUUACAAAAUUAA